UUCACUGCUCAACCCAGGAUUGUAAUCUCAGAGUCAGACAUGGACACUGCCAAGGCUCCUGCCAAUGCGAUCGUUCUGGAAUUUAAAGAAGACCAUGCACUGACAGAGAUGAUGCGUCGUCGUGUAUCGUCUUUGCAGAAGACAGGGCAGAAACGUCAGGAAGGAGAGCGUCUUCUUCUCCCUCAUGAGUUUGUGUAUCGGCUGGAUUUCAACAACCAGGAGCUGACCUUCUCACGCUGGUACUUCUCCCUGACCGGCCACGGUCGUGUCACCAUCACAGGCAUUUGCCAACUCUGGACCCCUGACCUCACCAACCUGAUGACCCGUCAGCUACUGGAGCCCAUCGGCACAUUUUGGCGAAAUGCUACCGACGCCGAGGACUCUGAGCUCAAAUGGCUGGAGGCGGACAUGCUGGAGUUUGGAGAAAGGAUUGCCGAGCUGGCAAAGGUCAGGAAGGUGAUGUACUUCCUGCUUGCUUUCAAGGACGGGGCAGAGCAGAAAAAUCUCAGCUGCUCUUUGGAGUUCACACCAGAGAAAUAACUUUUUCCAACUCUUUUAGUAGGAUCCUCUUAGAGUACUUGAAAAGUCUGCAAUAUAAUGUUCAAUCUUUGACCUUUAACCCCCUCACAACUACACUCGAUAGAAAAUAAAGCAAGGAAAAAAUAUCUCACAUUUUACCCUCAAAACUUUAAAUCUUUAAGUCAUAUUAUAAAUUUGUAAAUGAACAGUCCAGAGAGUUGGGAAUAACAUCCAGGAAAGGAGCCAUAUGCCACACUUUGCUUGCCACUUGGCUACUGGUGCACCUCUGUACACAUUUCUAUAUCAGUUAGGAUCACUUUGCGCUGACAUUUAGGUCCAAAAAUCAAAUGUUUACCUUAGCUAAGUCAGAAUUAUGUACAUACUUACAGAAAAUUAUCUUUAAAUUAAGUAUUUUCAUUAAAAGAGCACAUAUAUCUAAUAAUAACCAUAAAUCCUGGGUUGAACAUUACUUAAGUUUUAAUGAGUCUGAAUGCACUUUAUUUGGACUUCGUACAAAAUCAAUCUCCCUGUGAUUCCUGGUACUCCCAAAAAGUCACUCCAUAAGCUACAAAAAUCAUCAGCUCAAUAGAAAUUUAAAGGUUCCCAUUAACAACACUUUUCUUUACAGGACAUGAUGCUUAAAAUUACAAAUAGCCAACAUUUUUAUAACUCAGCAAAUUAAAAUGUUUUAUGACAACUUUUGAAUACAAAACUUUAAACUAAAAAGAUUAUUCUUGUAAAUAAAUUAUGCCAGGUGAAUACUGUGAUAUUAUGUGUGACGAGAUAGUUUGUUUAAUGUUAGACUUGUCUUUUAGUUGUUAAUGUCUGUAGUUUUAUGG